AUGCUUUCUCGCACUGGUAACGCUGUAGCUCGAGUAGCACCGCUUGCACUUAGCAGAUCAUUCGCCACACGCAAUGUUUUCAAUUCGCUAUAUGUAGCCAAGCCGGUUGCCCAGACUGUGGCUGGUAAGCUGCUCCGUGACCAUCCGGUAGUGGCGCGCCGCCAGUACACCCGGCGGUCUAUUGAUGAGCCAGCCAAGGUUGUCGAGUUUGACGACGUCAAUAAAGCAUUGACUAAAAAGGACGACAAUCUUGUUCUUGUGGACGUUCGGGAGCCUGACGAGUUCGCUCAGGGUCACAUCCCAACCGCGGUUAAUAUUCCUUUCCGGUCUUCUCCGGGCGCGUUAGGUCUCGACGCAGCGGAGUUUGAGGACGCAUUCGGAUUCAAGAAGCCUGCGACGGACAAAACCCUGCUGUUUUACUGCCAGGGUGGUGUCCGCUGCGAGGGCGCUGAACAGCUCGCGGCCACCUACGGCUAUCAGCACCGUCUCAACUACUCUGGUUCUUACCAGGACUGGGUUGACCAUAAAGGCGAGGUAGAGGUGCCCAAGGCCGCCAGCGAGGAAUCUAGUAAAGCCAAAGCCUCUGCUUAA